AUGAAGGAUGGUGGCGAGGACAUCCGACAUAAGCUCGUGGUUAAGACACGGAGCCUUCUGCAAUCUCUGCUCACUCCCCGCGAGCAGAUGGUUCAACACACCUGGGCUGAUCCCGGGCUCAACGCAGCUUUAAUAACCGGUGUUGAUGUUGGACUUUGGAAGCUCAUGGUUAAGAAUGGCGUCGACACCCCUCAAAAGGUUGACAAUCUUGCCGGGCCCCUCGGCAUGGACGCACUUCUUCUUGGUCGUCUGAUGCGCCACGUUUGCGCCAUGGGCCAUCUUGAAGAGGUAGGGCAGGACGAAUAUAAGCUUACAAACUUCACCAAAUCCUUAAGCCUCGAUGUAAUCGGAGACGGCUACGUUGCUUUGCUUGGCGGAAUCGGUCGUAGCCCAAUCGAGUUUUACAAGUUCCUUCGCGAUACCAAAUGGCAAAAUCCCACCGAUGCCGCCCACACAGCGAUGCACGCGUCUUACAACACUGACCUACCAAAUUGCUUCGAAUAUCUCCGUUCUAUUGGCUUGGGCCCCCACACAAAUCACCAUAUCGUCAUCAGAGAUGUCAAAGGUAUCAGCUCCGACAUCAAACUCAUGGACCAUGACUUCUUGACGGAACAGCCUAUCAAAGGGGCAAGAGCUUACUUCAUGCAUUCCAUUCUCCAUGACUGGCCAGAUGACGUGUGCCAGAAGAUUCUGUCUCGCCUUGCGGAUGCAAUGAAGCCCGGAUACAGCAAGCUGCUAAUCUUUGAAUGUGUCAUCCCUCGAACCGGUGCUUACUGGGAAGCCACGGCGGGAGACAUCCUCAUGAUGACGCAGCUCUCGGCUCUGGAGCGUACAGAGGACAACUGGCACCAAUUAAUCGAGGGAAGUGGACUAAACCUCAAGAUCGUCAAAUUCUGGAAGUGUGGACAGUCUGAUGUUGAGAACUUGAUUGAGUGCGAACUAGUUUAG